CUUGACUUGCAGUACAUAAGCAUCGGACCACCCGAAAGCUGCUCACGCCACCAAUUUGACCAGCAGACGCGUCGCCGCUUUCACUGUGACAGGCAUCGACUGAUAUACAACGAAUGGCCGCACACACUUGCAUUGUAGGCGACAUUGCAUGCUCGGUCUUUGAUAUGCGAAUUUCCUACAUGUGAAAUAGUUCACUGAAAGACGAUACCAUCAACGACUCAACUCAACGCACAGGAGGACAUACUACAACCUGAUCUCCAACAUGGAUGCUCUGAGGUCGCUCUUCAAUCUACGAUGGUCUUCUGUGCCCAAGCUUCAGCCGCUCCCGACGCAUAUCAAGCGCGAGUAUGUGCGGACUCCACGAGGUGAACUUGAGAUUCUUGUUUGCGGCCCUAAAACCAGCAAUGCCACAACUGAGACUCCGAUAACGUUUUUCGUUCAUGGUGGUUUUGGUAAUGCUGGCGUGUGGAUUGAGUGGAUGACCCAAUUGUAUAACAAGAAUCACCCGGGUUGGCUUGUUGCAUACAGCGGACGCGGGCAUGGCGCAAGCUAUGCAUUGUCGUACUUCGACAUGGUAUUCAAGACAACGAUUGAUGAUUUCGUGGAAGAUUUGGUGGCGGCUGAAAAAUAUGCUCGAGAUCGCGUUCCCUCCACAUCGUUUCGGCAGGAGAUGAUCUUCGCCGGUCACUCCUCAGGUGGAGGACUCGUUCAAUACGCGUUGUCCAAGGCGGCGAUUCGAGCUCAAGCGAUAUGCCUCGUGAACGCCAUGCCGCACUUUGGGAUGCUCGAUGCGUACUGGAACUGGUUCAAGCAUGACCCUUUGUUUCCUCUGCGGAUUUGUUUGCAUCUCGGACAUCCGGUAUCGCCUUUGAGUUCAUUGCGACUAGUGCAAUUGGCAUUCUUUGGACCUAAAAUCGGCGCUUCUCGAGUCGCAGAAUUCAUGAGGUGGAUGGCGCCAUACGAGAGCUUGAGCUGGCCAAUUUCACAAUCCGGAAGUUUCUGGCUGUGGCUGUUGGGUCGUAAUGAAUGGUUGAACGUGGAUGAUAUUAUCGGAAGUCUCAAGACUUCCGAGGAAGCUAAUUCGGAACAGGUCUUGAUCCUCGUCGGCGACGAAGACAUGAUGUUCCACGAAAUGAUGUACCGCAGACAAGCUGCAGAAUAUCGGCACGGCUUUGAAAAGCUG